AUGGUCACUACCCGGAGCAAGACAACACGAGGCGUGGGUGGAAACGCAGAGGUCAGCCGCACUUCAAACCGCGUCAUCAAGAUGGGCGCACAUACAAAGCAAGCCACGGCCAAGAAACGCCAACGGAGCACUGCACAAGGUCCAGAAGAACGCGCAAAGAAGCAAGCAAAGAGUGCCGCUGCGUCCAAGGAAUUCGUCAAAUCUGCAAGCAGUGACCAAGACAAGCGAAUCGUUCGUAUCAAUCGCGCACCCGUUCUGCAGCUCUGGAGUGCAUGCGUGACCAAUUUCCGCUAUCCUCACCUGCCAUGGGAAACCUGCCUCAGCGUUGGAUCCGCGAUAUCCACGAUCUGCGCGCUCGCAAAAGGCAGAUCUAUUGGAACGAUAGCUGAGCGCGAUGAAUCCGAAGAAAAGCAACGCAAGCGCGAGGAGGCAAAGGAAAGAUCCAAGGAUCUAGAAGUGAUUGAGGUCAUGCAUUUCAAGCUUAAGCUGAAGGACGGGCUGGCACUCGUGGGCUCUGAAGGAAACGGCAAACCGGGGUCCGAGCAGCCACUGAAGAAGAAGUUCGGGCAGGUGGAGUACGAGACAGUGAAGAAGCAAUUUGAGGAGAGUCUAAAGAGCUGGAAAGGGGAGGAAGAGGAGGUGAGUAAGAAAGCGUUUCAUAUGUAUGAAGAGUUCUGCCCCGAAGUGAAGUACGGACAACAAGGCUGGCACUUUGCCUGCUUGAUGAUGAGGACGGUGCAGCACAUAUAA